AGAGGGAGAGAGCGACAGAGAGAGCGAGAAAGAGACAGAGAGCAAAAGCGUGAGAGCGAGAGAGAGCGAGAGUGAGAGAGAGAGCGGGCGGGAGAGAGCGAGAGAGAGAGCGAGAGAGAGAGCGAGAGAGCGAGCGAGAGAGCGAGAGAGAGAGAGAGAGCGCAUCUAGUCCACACUCGGAUUCAUCCCCCUCAUAGGUAGAAGCGCGAUAGCAGAACACCGUGAUUUAACCAUGGAAGGGACGAAACCAGCGCCUGAGUCCACCGCGGAGGAGAGCCAGGAAGAGGGCCAGGAGAGCAGAGGAUGCUUCGAGUGCUGCAUCAAGUGUCUAGGCGGCGUGCCCUACGCCUCGCUGGUGGCCACCAUCUUGUGCUUCUCCGGCGUGGCGCUGUUCUGCGGCUGCGGUCACGUGGCUCUGACGGGCACCCUGACCAUGUUGGAGAACCACUUCUCCAAGAAAACCACGGACCACGCCACCCUGGCCCUGGUGAUCCAGAUCUUUCAGUACAUCAUCUAUGGGAUCGCCUCAUUCUUCUUUGUGUACGCCAUCGUGCUGCUGGCUGAGGGCUUCUACACCACCAGCGCCAUCAAGAAGGAGUUGCAGAGCGACUUCAAGACCACUGCCUGCGGACGCUGCAUCACCGCCUUUUUCAUGUUCCUGACCUAUAUCCUGGCGCUGAUCUUCCUCGCCAUCUUUGGCUUCACGGCGAUCCCCGUCUUCCUCUUUUUCAACAUGUGGACCACCUGCUCCGCCAUGAAGUCCCCCCUGGCCAACAUCACCGCCCCCGACUCCAUCUGCAUGGAUGUCCGGCAGUAUGGUAUCAUUCCUUGGAACGCCACACCGGGAAAAGCCUGCGGAGCGGCUCUGGGAGAGAUCUGUGACACCAGCGAAUUCUACCUGUCUUACCAUCUCUACAUCGUGGCGUUCGCUGGUGCCGGAGCUACGCUCAUCGCCUUGAUCCACUACCUUAUGAUCCUGGGGGCCAACUGGGCCUACCUGAAGUCGGCCGUCACCACGCACGACUACCAGGACAUCAAGACCAAGGACGACCAAGACGUGGAGGCGGAGGCCCGCGCGAAGGACGGCCAAAACUCCUCCUCCUACUCAUAAGAGGCUCACCCGCCCACCACCUACACAGCCCAGACCCCCCCUCCUCCUCUCCCUCCACAAACACACUUCCUUAUCCCCCUCCCCGACCCCAACCCCGCUGUAAAGAAAGUGUAAUGCAAAGGAAGUGAUGCCCCACCUCUCCGCACACACACACACACACACACACACACACACACACACACACACACACACACACAUCAGUGUUUGCUGAUGUGACCCCCGACCCUAAUUUGACAUCGCCCUACCCCCUCCUCCUCCUUAUGGAGGCUGUAGCCCCCCCCCCCCCCCCCCCCCCCCCGUCACACACACACACAAAAACAAACACACUCUCUACACUAAGCCCCCUUUCUGAGGUCGAACUCAGGUGCAAUGAGUGAGUUGCGGUGGUGGCGGCUUGGUCGCCAUGGUAAAUGCGGUAACCAUGGCGCUGGGCCCUGAGUGAGCAGCAGCAGCAGCCGGUUUCUCUCUGAUCCUCCUCCCGACACCCUGAAGACCCACUGGUUCACUGUCUAGUGUUGGGGGCCGCAGACGCAACCCACACAACCGUUACCCUAUCCCCUCCUCCCCCUCCUGCUUUCUUUUUGGUGUUUUAUAUGCAUAUAUAAAUAUAUAUGAAUAUAAAUAUAUUGUGAGAAUGUGUAUGAAUGUUGUCAGGUUUGGUUGCUUUUCUCUUUUAAACACUGGAGUACGCGAGGUACUGCGAUGGAUUUGAUAUUAUUUUAUCUUCUUGUUUGAUUUAUUUUCCUUUUAUAUCCUAUUUCACUCUUUUCUCUCAUGGAGUUUUUUCAUUGGUGAUGCUUGAUACGUUGUUGCACUAUUUUAGAAGUAUUAAUAUGAAGGAGAAAUGUAAAAAAAGCCCACAUAAAACAAGGAACACUUAAAGAUAAAAACCUGUGAAGGAAUUUUUUUUAGAAAAAUUAGCACGGUUAGCCGUUAUUCAAUGACUUGUUGAGAACUGAGGUGUAAGCGCAUCAAUUCGCCUUUCUAGACUUUUGUCUCUUAACUGCAAGUUUGCUUCAUCACCGAGAAAAGAAAAGGGUGUGCUUAGUUAAUGACACACACUCAAACCAAAACCAAAUCUCCAAUGUUACGGUGUUGUUAAGAUAAGGUCCCAAAAGAUAAGGACAAAUUUAACUUUGAAUUGCUAACCAACCUUAGUAAGCCUAGCGGCCAUCUUGGUUAUCAGGGAGAACUGGGCGGUUGUAACUAAACCUCUCAGCUCACUGUCAGAGCCAUGACGACCCCAGGUGGGCGAGGUCCAUAGUAAAAAAAAAAAAAAAGGUUCUUAUCUGUUCAUAGAUUUAACUGGAUUUGAGUGGGCAACUCUCCCAGAUCACCAUGCCCCCCCCCCCCCCCACACUCCCACAAAUAACUUAAACAUAAUAUUUCAUUACAUUUUUUGACCUACGUAUUUAGCAUUGAAAAAGUAGUUCUGCAUUUGAUAUAAUUGUAACGUAACGACUUUAACAUUUCUUGAAAGGGGUAGGGUGAAUCUUCGAUGGCUUGAUGACGGCUUCGGGCGCAGACCAUACAGAUUUAAAAAUACAUACGAAAAAAUUACCUAAAAUCGAAUUGAUUUCUCUAUGUUUUCUUAGUUUUUUAAAAGGCAGCUGGGUUCUUCUUGGUGUGAUUCAGUACUACCUGUGACGGAACAUGUUUGUGCUUAUUUUACAAUUGCCAGCCCAAUGAGGACCAGACGGAAGCCACUCCCUCACGCCUCUCACGAGCCACAGUGACUGUUUUGGAUGUUUACACUGUUGUAUAAAUACAAGUCAGGAAUUUUCAUAACUAUUCAUUUUAUAAUCGGACAUUGUUUAAUAUCCAUGAACCGUAUUCCAGACAAAUCCUCACAGGUUAACCUGGGAGCUACUCUUUGUGUGUGUGUGGGGGGGAGGGUUCAGGAGGAUAUGAUAAUUACAACAACAAAAAAAGAUUCAAGAUAAAAAAAAAAUAAUACAAAGCAUGUUAGUAUCGUCCACGUGUGCAGCUGUCUGUUCCGUUAUUAAAAAGGACUAUAUUGCCAUGUGUGUUUUGUUUGGUAUCCGUGCUUCGGCCGGCGGGGUUGGACGAGCGCGCGCCUCGCACUUUGAUGCGCGGCCCCGCGCGAGGCGCAGAGUCGGCACGAGGGACGCUCGGCCCCGCGCGAGGCGCCGCGUUGACGAGGGUGGCCGUCGUCUCCUUGUUACUUGCAUGAAGGAGACUCAAACUGUGUCGUUGCAGUCUUGUACAGGUGAUGUGUAAUCAUGUGUACUGACCAGUAUGAUAGGCAGUGUUUGGACCCCCGAGCCCCCCACUCUUUUCUAAAGGAUCUCCAUUGUACUUGAUGGCAUUGUUAGACCCCCUCCCCCCCCCCCCCCCCCUCACUCCCCAGUAGAUGUUACAUGAUUAUUUGUUCAUUUUUUAAGUUGGGAAAUAGUUCUUUGACUCAUAUAUAGUGAUGAUUUUUGUAACCUUCUCUAGUAAAAAACGAUAUUUUUAUUAUCGUGA